AGGAUGGGGUGGUGGCACCUUGCUGCAUCUUGGUAGCAAACACACACAUACCAUGGAUAUAAUUUCCCGCAACAUUUUAUUUUACCAGCACAACUAAAAAAAAGCUUACCCUUUAAGUUCAACUUGCCACAUUUUAAUCUUAAGUUCAAAGCUAUAAGAAGUACAAGUAACAAAUGAACAAAGCAUCAAUACAUCCUUUGGUUGUUUGAAUUUUACUUCAAUGAAAAAGUCUCCUACAACUGCUAUCAUAUCAAUUAAGCUUUGAAAGGCGAUGCUCAAGGUCAUAAAUCCUUCUGGCCGAACCGAACGGAAUGUUUUGAACACGAAUAACGGAUUCUGUGGCAAUGAAGAGUAAGAGAAAAGGGAGUUGUGACCCGCGCUCUGCGCACACCUUAGGGUACACACCCACACACCGGACCGCAAACUUUGGCUGCUGCUCCACUCUGCUGCGCACUUCUCGUGAGCUCGGCUCUCCUCCACUGCUGCUUAUUCAUCUGAGCAUCAACUUAGCAUGAAGUGCGUUCAGUUGGUGGAGAGUUGGUUUCAGGGACCCUUUGUCACAGGUCUGGAGAACAAAUAUCAACUCCACUUUAAAUAUGGAGUUGACUUGCUGAACUCAUUUCCCAUGAGAUUCAGUGUGGCGAAUUGUGAAGGCGAGAUGGAGACUCAAGUUCCGGAGAUGGAAGAGGCUCACUUCCCUCCAUCAUCGGACAUGAAGUGGCGUGGCUUACCAAAGCUUACACCUACUCAAUCACCUGCAUGGGGGCAUCUGAAAAUGGAGCUCGACUUGCAGGCAAUGAUGGAGGAGGAUUCUGCUCCCAAGUGUCGCCGAGAUCUCUACCUCGCCUUCACUCAAUGUGCUGCCAAGGAGGCUUGCCAAAUUGGUGAAAGCCACUCAGAAUCUUCAGGGAUACCCUGUGACAUGGAUUCCCUCUAUGAAGAACACAGUGACUUGGUCUCCUCAUCCAUGCCCAGAUCUGAAGACCGAAAUCUUGCUCGACUCAUCGCAAAGUUUGACAGCAGUAUUGAGGCACUUUGGAAUCCAGACGAUGUCUCAGAAAUGGCUGAAGACUUGCGAGAAGACGAAAGUGACGAUCAUCUGACAGCCUCCCCCAUUCCCAUGGAUGUUCAUGGUAGUAAGCAGAACCUCUUCAUUGCCUGUGGUACCAAUAUUACAAGCUCUAUCUGGUCCAGCCGCCCAUCUCCUGAAGAACCACUUCGUGACGAGUGGAGUGUGCCUCCCUCUGUGAAGUGGUCUGAAGGCGAUGCAAAUCCUUGCUUUGACAGUCUUGUUGCUCUGAAUCAUAAUCGUGAAGACAGUAGCUUUACUGAGGUCAUACCAAGGGCAUUACAUGCAAAUCGUCAAGCCAGUGAAGCACUGCCUCCAAUGCCUGCCCCUCCGCCACCUGCUGCUGAAGAACCGGAUGCUGGCAAAGAAGAGGAAGAUUUACUGACAUCCGCUCGCACACACUUUGUCCCUAUUCGACAAGAACAAGCUCCUCGACAACACAACCACCAAAGCACAAGUUAUGCAGAUGGCACCACUUUUGCUAUACCGACAAGUUUGGAUCGCAUUACAUUCACAAGAAGUGAAAGCGGAGCAUUAUAUCUUGAAGACGAUGCUGAUAUGGACUCUCCUCCUAAGUACAUGGAAUACAAAGUAAAAGAAACUCACAAAGGGAUUGAGAACACAGAUAGUGAUGUUGAAGAGCUUGUUGACUUUGUGCCCAAAUUCCGUGUCAGUCAAAAUGAAAAGUGCUGCCAAACGGAGCAAGAAGAUGUAUCCAAUGAGAACCUAUUAUACCCUGGUCUGAAGCAUCAAUAUCCUGGUGAAGAUUUUUACUUUCCCGGUGAUGAACAGCUGUCACUAGAGGCGGAAGAAGAAGAAAUCUGUCAAGCUAUGGAUGGGAAAAACCACGAAAAAGCUUCAGGACCUUCUUGGAUACCAGGCUGGCCAGCAGAUUGGCAGGAGCGACGAGUUUCCCCUCAGUCUUGGUACCACAUAUGGAGUGAUGGUAAUGGAUGCUGGGAUUGUUCGCGACCUGCUGAGUCCCACAAAAGUCAACUUCGACAAGAAUUGAGUGAAGAUGGGGAACAACUUCUGUCCGACCUCAGCUCACUUCUUGAUCAGUAUGGUGGAGUCUUGUCUGAAAUAAAUGGCUCUAAGUGUGAACACCCUGAAGCGCUACUCGUCAAGCCAACGCGUGUGCAGUUUGUUCCUGGAGGGCAGUUGCAGACGUCCACAUUGCCGUUUCUCUCACGACAUGGCUUCCAUACCAUGCCACUUUUGGGCGGAUGCUUCGUGUCUCAAGGGUGGAAAAUGCCCCUUCCUUCAUGGCGGCCGGCCCGUGACGCUGUGAGUUUGUUGCCACAGCUCUGCAGCUUUUGAAGAUUACUUUGUGCCUUUUAAAAAAAUAUAUCCCUCAUGUUGCUGUAUUUAAGAUGUUGGAAAUUCUUGAAGGCUUCAGGCUCCUUCCAAAUACCCCCAGUUUUGUUAUCUUUCUGUUUGGUUUCUUGUCAAUCUUUGCCUUUAAUAAUUGCAAAAAGUUUCCCAGAUCCAUGGUGAUUCUCCCAAAAGUCUCAGUUAUAUCUCUGAUUGUACAUUCUAAGCCUGGAGCUUUUUGCUCAGAACAAAAAAUGUUGUUGACUUGAUAUUGAAGUGCUUAAUAAUUUUGUUUGUGGAGUCAUAUUUUGCACUGUCAUUUUCUUAUCAUUAAUUUUACCUUGGUUUCAUUUGUAUUAGUGACUUGACUAGUGGUUAUAAAAAACCUCAACUGUAUCCAUAAUUCUUCACUUUGUGAUGUUUCGAUUGCCCAAAGUAUUCAGGUUAACGAAACCAAUAGGAAAUGAUUGUCUCUGUAAUUUAUGGUGUGGAUUGCCAUAACCGUUUGAACCUUACUCAAGCGGUAUGUGCCAGUUCUUGAAGAAAUGUUUAUUCUUGAAACUCCUUGUUGAGUCUUUUGUUAUCUUUUGUUUUGAACGUAAGUGUUUGGUGCUAGCGUUAUGAUUAUGGCAUCAUUCUUUUGACCAGCAGGCUGGUCCCAUGCCUGUGUAAAGAAAUAUGGAAAAGAAAAGAGGAAUAUGCUUGGUAUAAGAAUGCAAGUUAGUGCUUCACAGGGACUUGCACUUAAGGAGGAAAAGAAAAUUGCUCUGUCUUAAUUGUUGCAUGGAAAAUGCAACACACGUGUGUGGUGAAAAUAUAUUGUAAAGAAAAAACUACACACUUUAGUGUUUCUGUUUAAUGCGCAUGUUGUUGACUUCAACGAUUUACUUAGUGUGCCUUUUGGUUAACUAACAUUGCCCUUCCCUAAAUUUUUGUUGUUGUAUCGUUUUUUCCUAUGUUAUCUCUUAGUAGGUGCUAAGCCCUGGAGCAUUUUCAUUAAUGCCAUGGUUUUUAAGAGAUCUAGUUGCAUUUUUCUUAACAAAAAAGAGAAGUUUCUUCAUUUGAAAGAUACAAGAAAGUGUUUUAUCUUGUGACUGAUGCAAACCUUAAAAUUGACACUGACAACUGCAGUUGUUAGGUCCUUCUAAACAGUCCUGUUUCUUGUUAAAUUCGUUUUGAAGUUAUGGAAGACUCCAAACAUUAAAAAUAUUGAAAAACGUAAGUAGUGGAAACAAUAAAAGCUAUUGUAAAAAUUUUCUCUUUUGUAUCCAUUAAAGCAAGCAAAGUUACCCGACUGCCCAAGUUAGGUUAGGUAACUUUUUGGAGUAUUUUAAAGUGCAUAAAAUUGAGAGAUUUGGAGACUUCAGACCAAACUUGCUACAACAAAGACAAUUUUGAUCACAAUUAUGCACAUGAAGAUUUACUGGCUGAAAUAAAUGUGUCCAACCUGAGAAGAAACUAGAAACUUCUUAAAGAAAAAAAUUAGAUUGUUUUGCAAGGUAUAAAGGUACACAUUGUUUAACUUAGAGAGCAACAUUACUCAUAGUUUGAGUGAAAUAGUUUGCUAUACCAUUUUCCCCCUAUUACUUAAGUUCAAGUGUAAAUGAUUGCAGCUCUUGCGGAACAAUAUUCCAUAGUUAUUUAUGUGUGCGCCUUAACUUAAACUGGAAGCACAAUUGUGUAUUGUGAGUUCUUGUCAAUUUCAUACAAAUCAAAGAAAUGCAACAAAAAUUAUUUAGGCACUUACGUUUGUGUUACUCUGUCUUUAGUGUCCGUGCAUUAAGCUUCAUGAGAGAAAAUAAUUGUACUUCUUUACUUAAAUGAUGUAAUUUGAUCAAAUAAAGAUCAUCCAAUUGAACAUCAAAGCUUCUGUGCAAUUAUACGAUUAUUGUGUUUGUUGUUGUAGUUAAAAUAUCGCCGCUUAUGAGUCUUUGAAUAAUGUAAUUAAAGGAAGAGCCUAGGUACAGAAACAUUAUUUUUUGAACUGCUUUUGUUUAUAGACAAAGGGUGUUUUUUUUUUUUUUUUUUUUUGUGGUCUUGUCCCAUUUUUUUAUUUAUUAUGUGGCACAUAUAACAUACAGGAUUGUACAGAUAUAGAUAUCCUGGGAUUCUUGGAGUAUUAGAUCUUUUCAUUAGUUGCAGUUUAAUGAGCCAUUUUAAGUAGUAUCCAAAGAGAAAAAAAAAGCUUAAAAUUAUUAAUUUAGGAUGUCUGGAGAACGGUUAGAUUUUAAUGAGGCACUUCAUGUGACUAUCACUUAAUACUGUAUGUCAAAAUCGAUGAAAGUGAACACACUAACUUAUCUUCUUUCAAGGGGACUAUUUAAAAAUUAUAGUGUGAAUGUAAGCAGAGACCUGAGCAGAGAAACUUCGCCUCUCUUGCUUCUCACUGUGACCACAGUGACAUCUUGUCACCGAUCCUAGGGUGACAUGAGAAUGUUUCUGUAGUGGUGAAAUAUAGCAAUAAUGCAUGCUUAUAUAUUUAACCAUGAUUUAAUUUCUCUUAUGAUUAUUGUAAUUAUUACUCAAGGGUAUUAAGUGCAGUGGCUGUUCCAAAGAUCAUUUAAUUUUCUUUAUUAUCUUUGUUUCUCUUGAAAUGAGCAAUACUCUUUACUUAAGCUUAAGGCUUGAAGAACUUGCACAAAAAGUCAGGGUCAACUACUCCAUCUUAAAUUUGCCUUGUAAAGUUUUGAGUAGGCGCAAUUUGCCUAACAUAGUUUGCUUGCCUCAAUAGGCUCUUUACAAAUUCUUAGUCACCUUUUCUUCAUCUCUUUCAAAAAAAUUUUCAUGCAAAUUGUGUAUGAAAAAGUGAAGCGUAUCAAGCAGAAUGAUGUUAAGAGAAAGUAUGAGUCACUUCUUCAAUAAUGAAAUGUUCUUUGACUUGAAGCGUGCAGCAAACCUGCAAACUGCUGUACUUAAUGUGAGGUAUAGUUUCGGAGGAAAAUGUUGCUGUCUCACUCACUGCAUCCUCUUAGCAACCUUUGCCAAUUGUUCUGAAUACUUUUCUUGAAAAUCUGCCAAUCUGCUUAGAUUUUCUACCAAACAUCUUCUGAGGUAGUGUGCAGCCUCAUUCCCAGUUUCCGCAUAUUCAUUUUACGUCUGUAGUACUACAUGACUGUUAUAAUUUUUUUCUCAUCUGCAGAAUGUUUGAAGAUAACUUAAUUUCGUCACAGCCAAGGAUUUUUGGGGUGAAAGGGAUCCCAUCUUCUGCUACCUUCACUUACAUCUUGGCAUGUUACUAGUCAGUACAUUUUGUGUGUUCAGAAAUGAAUACAAACUUAUGGGAUUUAUUAAUGGAACUCUUUCAAAAUCAUCACUCUGUUCAAUGAGUUAAGUUAAACGCAGAAAGCAAAAACCACUUCUUCAUAUUUCUCAAUAGAUUUUCUCAAAUGCAGUACUUAACCUUUUCCUUUUAUUAAGUAUCAUAUCACAUAUUCAAAACAACAUAUUGGCCUUGAAAUCUUUUACUUAACCUUUGUUUCUUUUUUUUUCAGUUUUUCACAUUGUUACUUUUGAUUUGAGAUAAAUUUCCCCUUUGCAUAGUACUUUUAUGUGCAUGGGUUGCUAGUUUACACCCCUGAAUUUUUUUCUUAGCUAUGGACAUUUGCAUAAUUUAUUAUUACCAUAGUCUCAUUCAUAAACUGUGAGAUGAAAACUAGGAGUAUGUACUUCUCAUCUCCUUGGUUGUCUAUUUGUUAAAUAGGAGUAGAAUGUGCUACUUGUUGAUGCGGCCCAAGACGUCACAAAUUUUUAUGAACUUGCACAUAAGUCUGUUUCAUGUUCCUGAGAACCAAGGAACAUGAGUUAACUUUAUUUGUUUUAAAAUAUUGUCGUUGGUUCAUGAAAGAAGCACCACUUAACCUAAUGAAGCACACAGGUCUUGGU